GGGUCGGGGAUGGAGGACACGGCGGGAGAGGGUUCCGCACUGUGGGAGGCGCGCGCCCCGCAGUUUAGGUUUCGUUUUCCUGGGACGCGCGGUUUCGCUUUCCUGGCCUCGGGCCCGCCCCCUCCACGCCAUCGUGUCUCCGCAGGGUCCAGCCUGCGAGCCCGUGCAGGCCCGGACGCUGGGUCAAUACCUGUGACUUCACGUGUGCGCUCUCGCCGCAUCUGCAGUCACAUUGAUAGCCACCUCGGCCGAGAAAUCCACACUCAGGCAACGUAGGUGGCUACAAGCCCACCAUCCGCAUCUGUGAUCUCCAACAAGCAUAACACCUGGUCACACCUGUGAUACCUGGCCACGCUACCUGUGGCCACAACCUGACACCCGUAGCAAAGUAACGUACAAGGAACCCUUAUCACCUGUGGUGACAACCUGACCACCUCCCUUGACCACAACUCUCUCAGGACAAAGGAACAGACUGUCCCUGCAGAAGGAGAGAUGGCAGGGGCUCUUGAGAGGGGACCCCAGCGUGUGCUGUUCGGAGAGUGGCUUCUGGGCGAGGUCAGCAGUGGCCGGUAUGAGGGGCUGCGGUGGCUGGACGACACCCGCACCGUCUUCCGCGUGCCCUGGAAGCACUUCUCGCGCAAGGACCUGGGCGAGGCCGACGCCCGCAUCUUCAAGGCUUGGGCGGUGGCCCGAGGCAGGUGGCCGCCCAGCCACAGCGGAGGUGACCAGCCUUCCCCAGAGGCUGAGGCUGCGGAGCGGGCCGGCUGGAAGACCAACUUCCGCUGCGCGCUGCACAGCACGCGGCGUUUCAUGAUGCUGCAAGACAACUCAGGGGACAAUGUGGACCCGCACAAAGUGUAUAAGCUCAGCUCUGGGGCUGAGCUGGGGUGGAGAGCCUCAGAAGGCCCAGCUGUCCACCAGGGGGAAGAAGAGGCCCUCAGAGAAGCCCCACCCACACAGGGUGGACCCCUGGGGCCAUUCCUGGUAAGAGGAGAUACUGAGACCCAAGUGCCAAUCCAUCUGCCCACCCCGGCUGGUGACACUGGAGACCUCCUGGCCGAGGUUUUGCAGCAGAGUCUCCUGGAGGACCAUCUGCUGGAUGCUGCAAGUGGGGCAGACCCAGUCCCUCCACUGGCUCCUGGCUCAGAGCACCCCCUGGAGGAGUCUUGUGCAGCAUGGGCAGUGGCGGCUGCCCCCAGCCCCAGGCCUCAGCACCCAGCACUGAUGACAGGGCCGGGCCCAGGGGCCCUGGAUGUGACCAUCAUGUAUAAGGGCAGAACAGUACUGCAGGCGGUGAUGGGGCACCCCAGCUGUGUGUUCCUGUACAGCCCCACAGGCCCAGCUGCCCUGGCCACAGAACCCCAGCCAGUAGUCUUCCCCAGUCCCGCUGAGCUCCCUGACCAGAAGCAGCUGCGCUACACAGAGGAGCUACUGCGGCAUGUGGCCCCGGGCCUGCAGCUGGAGCUUCGGGGACUUGUGCUGUGGGCCCUGCGCAUGGGCAAGUGCAAGGUGUACUGGGAGGUGGGCAGCCCACUGGGCUCUGCCCGCCCCUCCACCCCAGCCCAGCUGCUGGAGCGUAACUGCCACACCCCUAUCUUCGACUUUGGCACCUUCUUCCGAGAGCUGGGAGAGUUCCGGGCAAGGCAGCGCAAAGGCUCCCCACACUACACCAUCUACUUGGGCUUUGGGCAGGACCUGUCAGCCGGGAGACCCAAAGAGAAGAGCCUCGUCCUGGUGAAGCUGGAGCCAUGGCUGUGUAGAGCACAGCUAGAGGGUGUGCAACGUGAGGGUGUGUCUUCUCUGGACAGCAGCAGCCUUGGCCUGUGCCUGUCCAGUACCAACAGCCUCUAUGAUGACAUCGACCACUUCCUCAUGGAGCUGGAGCAGUGGGGCUAAACCAGUGCACUCCCCCUUACCCCAAUAAAGAGUCAAGUACCAGUGCUGUCCUGACAUAGGAUGGGCUUGGGACAGUCAGGAUCACUCCUCUCUGAAAGGUCAGCCUUGCUGCCAGCACUGACUGAUGGGGCUGGACAUGGUUGGCACCUCACCUUGCUACUGGGAGGUGACUUUCACCUCCCCCACAACACACACUUAUCAUCACUGAGCUCAAGCCACAUGCUUUGGAGCCACCAAAGCCCUUGGAAGACAAAGCUGCUCCUGCCAGGAGUGUAGAGGAGGUACCAUGUUGUACCCACACCUGUACCAGCACUGAGUUCUGCAGUGUUGUGCCCUGCCUCCAGGGAAGCAGCUGGCUGAGUACAAACCUGUCAAUUACUGAUAGCAACACAAAGCAAUUAGAAAGAGAGGAAGGAAACUGCUGUACCAAAGAUACAGGUACUUGAAUGGCUGCUGGCAG